GAGAGAAGAGAGAGAGAUGGAGAAAGAGAGAGAGAGAGAAAUAAGGGAUUGAGAAAGAGAGAGAAAAGAGAGAGAGAGAGAAGAAAUGAGAGAAAGAGAUGGAGAAAG